ACACUUGGACCGUCACAGUACAAUAUUAACACUUUGGGAAUUCACACUCAUCGAUAAUAAAUGUGUUAAAAAAUUACAAAAUAAAUAAUGACUAAGAAUAAAGAGAGACAUAAUGACGGCACAGCGAGGGACUGCCGGGAGACAGCCGAGCCUCUGGUGUCGUUGGUGGAAGACAGAAGGGAGCGAUCUCCUCACUACCUGCCGAGGCUGAGUGUCGUCCUUCCGUCCAGUUGUAACUCCAGCGUCGACCGCAUCCCUUCACCAGCUCUGAGGGAGACACUCUCACAUGGAGACGAGUCUAUGACGGUGGUCCUCUCAGCAUUUUACGCCAAAUUAUUAAUAGUUUUAGGCCUGGCGCUGCCGGUCACCAGCACCAUACAGAAUGAACUUUACACGAACAUUAUAUCCGACAUCUUUACACUGUAUCUGUAUGUCGUCGGGAUGAUCUUCUUGGCGUACACGUUCUUCCAUCUUCGGAUCGCCAAAAAUAUCAAAGAUGACAGGAAACGUACUCGUUAUGGCAGUUUCUACCUCCACAUGGGUGUGGCGGGCUUCGGUGUAGGCUCCAUCAUCUACUCGUGUCUCCAAUUCGGAGAGUACUUCGACCUCUCGGGAGACUGUCAGCUCCUCAUCAUCGCCCUCAAACCAACCUUCCGGAUACUCUUCAUGGUCGCACAGACUAUUUUUAUAUUCUCAUACACGGACGUUCUGGACCCGAUGAGGGGAGUAGUCCUGGAUAGAUUCGGACUGAUGCAUCUGAUAGCGACCAACGUCUGCGAAUGGCUGAACGUCGUCAUACAGGAGACCAGAGACGACAUACGAGCCGUGGCCUUCCACGAGCCGGCCCUCGUGAGAUACACCGACAUUGAAGGACCUUCCAAGACGACAUUUACUGAAACAAUAAACGGAACUUCGCCCGCAAAUUAUUUGAAUAGAACAGAGGUCAUCGCAACUGGCCACGGGUUCGAGGCCUGGAGCUGUAACGUGUCAGACGUUAUAUCGCCUCUAAUUAGGAAUAUGAAUCCUUAUUUGCGGCCGUGCGGAGUCGAGUACAGCCUGCUGUGUUCCAUUAUUAUUGUUGUAAUAUGGAACGAUGUCUGCACGGUCCCUGGCUCGAAACCUAUAGCAUCCAAUUCAAAGUUGGAGAAGAAGCCGCGCUCUGCGAGGGUGAAACCAAUGAACCAUUUCUCAGUAGACUGCGGCCAGGCCCACAAGGGGCUGUUCCUGGGGGUAGCCGUCCUCGCGGCGACCAUCGUCAGCUUGAUGAUAUUCAAGGGACUGUUCCAAAAGGAGAAGCAUGUGGAACUAGCUUUGCUGACGAUCAACGUUUGGGAGACAAUUCUGUUCGUAUUGAUGUCAGUGGGGUCUGCAGCAUGUCUCCAGUGCAUGAGCACCCUGUCUUCCCUUAAGAGGUACCCCGGCCUGCCCCUGGAGCACGCUCUCCUGUUGGUGACGCAGUGCGGGGUGUACCUCUACUACCUGUUCCAAAUCAUCGGAGCCGGAUUCUCCAUACAAAAGUUCCCCAGCGCCCGGCGCGCCACGAGAAUAAUAUCCCCCCUAUGUGCCGUGAUCCAAAGCUCCUGUCAGACUCUCCUCGUGUUGGACGCCUGGUCUCGGCGCAGCGCUGGCCGCGAGGAUCGCCCCGGCCGGCAGCUCGUCACCUUCCUCCUGGUUAGCAACUUCUCACUCUGGAUGCUUAACAGAGUCAAGAAUGCUCGGGCAGAAUUUCAUCCAUUGCAGAUGGAGUUUUACGGCGUGUGGGCGUGGACGAUCAUCACUCACGUCUCGGUGCCGCUGUUAGUCUGCUACAGGUUCCAAGCAACCGUCUGUUUUUACGAAAUAUGGAAGAACUCAUACAAGAGAAAGAAAGAAUACGACAGUGAACUUGAUGAGAUUGAAUUAAACAAAUUGGAUUCGGCGUAACAAACUCACAGAAUUUGAUUUGUAUUUUAAUAGUUUUAAGCUUAAUGGCCAAGACGUUGUUUAAUUUACAAUUUCCAAAGUCUUAAUAAAAUAAUGAUCAUGAA